UAUAAGUGUAUUCGAGUGUGAUUCUGUACAUUGCGAUCAAACGUUCCUUUACAAAAUGGUAAGCCCUUCUUAUGGCCAACUAGUUGCCCCUCUUCGUGGAAGGCCAACGAUAUUCGGUAAUGUAUACGAAAAGAAUGUUGUGUUUCUUCUCGACACAUCUGGUUCCAUGUACCAUAGUCUCGAUGUUGUCAAAGAACACUUGCUCGAAGUUCUGUUCGCGCGGGCGAUUUCUGACAGAGAUACCAUGUUCAACAUCAUUGAAUUUAACGAAGAGGUAAACAAAUGGGCGGACAGAUUAGUGACAUGUACUCCGAGGACUGUGAGUGUCGUUAGUGAAUGGAUCCACGAACUGAAAUGCGGAACAUCAACAAACACCAUGGAAGCUUUGAUCGAAGCUUAUGAAGAUGAUGGAAUGGAUGCUAUCUAUUUAGUCACUGAUGGCCUACCCGAUCAGAGUCCUCCAGUUAUAAUAGAAAACGUCCGUCGCCUGUACAAAGGUCGGCCAAUACACGCGAUAUAUCUUACUGGAACACACUCUGAUCCAGCGGCAAAGGAAUUCCUUGAAGAGCUGGCUAAAAUCACCAAGGGUUCCUUUCACUGCAUAAGCCUCACUCUUUAUGGUAGGAUACAGAGAGUCACACCGAUCUUCAAUCAGAGGACUGAAUUCAUGAGGCAUUAUGAUGGUGAAUUCUUGUCCCCCAACCUCACUUCAGUGUUAGGUACCAACACUACCCCACACCGUCCUACCUCAGCACCCCCUGCAUCGGGGUUUGUUCCCAGAAUAUAUGAUCCAGGAACUCCAGUCACUCUCCUCAAGGCACCUCAUGGAAGUGUCCCUAUCCCAUAUGUCUCUUGGAGUAAGUAUGAUCAGGACAGAGGGACAUCACAAGUCCUGCAGUAUGCUGAUGCAGUGCUGGCAUCACGAGGGCUGUCAAAAGAUAGUGAUAAAUCUAUUGGUAACACUAGUGUACCAGUAGCUGCCAGUGUAAUGAAGGGAAUGAAGGUAUUGGCGAGGAAAGAUUCAGAUGGUCUUUUCUACAUGGCAUCUGUCAAAGAACAGGGGGAAAACAACACAUUUGUGGUUGAGUUUGAGAAGUGUCCUGCCCUUCGCAAGUCACACCUUCAGGAGACAGCUCUGUAUGACAUGAUAGCUUAUAAAGAUGCCAUACGACACCAUGUGUGUAUUGGAGAUAAAGUGUUAGCUCCAUGGCAGGAUGAUGGACGAUAUGGACCAGGUACUGUUCUUGAUGGAGUGGAUCGAAGGGAUCUUCAACCACAAGGUUAUGAAGGAGGUAACAUUCUUGUAGCCUUUUACAAUGGCCAAACAGUGCAGUUAUCCCCAGGUGUGGCUGUACGAAUACCACUAGCUGUGUUUGAUCGUAUCGUGACUGAGCUUCAGCUUCCAGAGUCCCAGCGGCGGAAAAUACGACUUGCUGCUGACACCUCAACCCCACCGUACCAAGGAAGACCCCCACCAGUUCACACCACAUGGCAGCGGCCAUUCAGCCCCCUUCGGCACCAAAAACAGACCUGGUCUGAACAUGAUUCAAAAGACGCUCUCAGUGAGAAAAUAAAAUCACAGCUUGAGAGAAACAGGCAUCUUUUGGAAAGGGUGAAGUUCGAGGAGGAGGGAAAGGAUGACGGGAAUCUGUCUGAUGCAGAUGCAGAAGAAGCUAAUGUGGAAGAUGACGAUAGAGAAGAUACUUUGAAAAAUGCGGAAACAUUUGAUGUUUGUGUUGGAACUGAAGAUAUAGAUUUUAAAAGAUAUGUAGAUCCAGUAAUACCUGUGGGAACUCCUCUAGCAAAAGCUGGUGGAAAGCCAGAGACUAAGAAACGCUGGCGUUGGUGGAGUUCUGGGGUACCUCCUCGACCCCCAAGAUUCCGAGAGACAGCACUGGCAAAGCCCCCCGAGGUACGGGAUGAUAAAAAUCAGCGUCCUAUAUACCAGGAGUACCAGACUGUAGCAGGUGUCCCCUUCCCUCCCGGCACAGAUAAAAAAUUCCAAGAUGGAGAGUGGCAUCCCCACCAUCAGUGGAAAAACACCAGUAAGGCCCUGGUAAGAUCCGGUCCACCACUGCUCAAGCAUCACGAAUACCAGACAUCCAAAGGAGUGCCUUUCCCAUCGGCAACAGACAACAAGUUCAACACCGGCUCCGAUGGAAACUGGCGACCAGAAGACAAUAGUUCCUCAGUUCAGCGGUCUUCUAAUUGGGAGGAUGGCUUGGGACAUGGAGACAUCGAGAAAAAUAGAAAGGAGAGAAGAAGACUGGAGACCAAAAGAGACGCCAAGGAGAGAUACCACGCACAAAUAGCAAGAGAGUCCGUGGAUAAACAACAGAAAGAAAAGGCCAGACAAGAAUAUCACAGAAAAAAGGUCGACGAACGAACUCGUCAAAUUUCGGAGCAAUCUGCAGAAAAAGCACGCCAAGAAAGCCAGAGAAUGGAGCACAAGAAACAGUCAACUGAAAAGGUUUGCAAAAAGGAGCAAGAGAGACAAGAAAAAGCCGAGACAUGGAAACACUCCAGGAUAGAAGCCAUGAAAGAACGCAGAACCCAACAUGAAGAAAUGGAGAACAGUUACGAAAGAGCAGCGCAAGAGCAAGAGUCGCAAAGACUGAGUGGACUGAAGGACAGAGAACAGAAGAGAGUAGAAGCGCAUCACAAUCGAUUGGAGACCGAGAGGAGAAUGGGAAUAGACCGAGAAGACCAGCUGAAACAUCGGGAGCUGGAUCGACAAACGAGAAUACAAAGGAUAAAGGGGGAAGCUGAACGGAGAAAAGAGAUGAGAAUUCACGUGAAACAACAAAAUGAACAGAGAUACCGAGCCAGCAUUCUCCCCUAAUCACAGAGAGAAAUUGCAGAAGGACUGGGUGUUAGUUGUCAACGAGGAGAAAUCAAGCGAUAGUCAACCACCUGAGAACGGUUCGGGUAUCACAACUAUUGAAAGUGCUUUGUUCGAAGCCUAACAAUUGACCACGUCAGAGGACAAUUCUAGGCACAGAUUCCUCAGACAACUAUGCGUAUCUGAUUGAACUUCUGUCAACUUCAAAUAGAAACAAAAAAGAUCUUACUUUCAUUUACAAACGGCGAAAAAAGUUGUUCUUGCCGUUAGCGAGAAGAUUUUGUUGAUUAUUCCAUCAUGAAAUAUCGAUUAUGUAUGUCAACAAGUUACCAGAUUUUAGUGACGCGCUGACAAACUGGCAGUGAGAUAGAAUUUUAGCGGCGCAGUUUUCGCCCAACAAUGAGGAAAGCCAUCUUAAGCAAUGGACUUUAACUCGGCAAUUAAGUAUGUUUGUCUUGUAGCAUUUGCUAUUGAAAAAUUUGCGUCCCUACAAGAUAAUUGCAGUGAUCUUUGGUCUUUUUCAAGGAAUUAGACCUAAACAGUUAAUUGAUCAAUAGUGUUAUCGCUUAUACCCAUUUAAACCAAAAAGAAAUUCUAAAAAGUGAAUCAUUUAUCUUAUAAUUUCGUGUAUUGAAGAGCUGGCAUUCUUAAGCUUGUGUUAGCUCAAGUGUUGAGGCAAGAAAAUCUUUCUUCCCUUUUUUCAAGUUGCAACGAUAUAUUGCGCUGCACAGCUGAAUGCAUCAGUGCAGAUAACCUCUCUGAAGCGGUCAACGAAGGGAACAAAAAAAGGUCUAUUUUAGAACGUUUUCCUUUUUUAUUGUGGUCACUACAAUCACUUUAAGACUCUAAGGACAGUUUCUGCGUGUCUAUUUAAGGUACAUAUGUUUCUAAAUUUGCUAACAUACGGUACAGAAAUUGUCUUAGAGAAUAAGGAAAGGAAAUGCAAAGCAAUACUGCGCCUACAUUGAACGAAAAGAGUUCAUUUCUGAAAAAAGAAGCGUUAGAGAAGUAAAUAGUAAUUUAAGUAAGAAACUAAAAUAGAGACGGCUGCUAUUAGUCUUAAAAGGAAGAUCAUAGUGUUUUCAACACAAAAAAAGAAAUCUUCGGAUAUCUUACGCCAACGACUGAGGAAAAGUAGAAAAAUGGAAUCGUGAGACGAAAUGUUCAUUCGAGAACAGAUUAAAAUUACAAAUACCAAUUGCGUCUCAAACGAGAAUUUGCGAUGUAUGUCCGGAUCGAUGUCGGUUCGUCCCCAGUAUCAAGGGCAGCGUUGUUACAUAUGGUAUAUUUUGCGCUUAUUGUCUGCCGUUAGUGAAAACAUUACUGGUGAGGCGAAAUAUAUGUUAUUUUGAACUCGA